UUUUAUAUUUCUCUCUCUUUCUUAUUUAUGUCUCGACAACAGCACCCAACAAAUCUAAAAGCAGCUCUUGUUCGAAUUGGUUCCCUGAGAUUGUCGGAUUAUCAAAAAAUCUGUAGAGGGAGCCUCCCCGGAUUCUCUCUGAACCCCAUCUUCUCUUCGUGAGGCUGUUCUGUAAUUGAGUUAUGUCGUCGCAGGCCAGCCAUGGAAACGAACCGAACAGUGUAAACGAGGAAGUAAGUGUUGCCCCUUCCUCUGCGAGCGUGAAUCAGUUGGUUCUUUAUGAGCCCAAGGGGAACGAUACUGAAGAAGAACCUAAUAAUAACCAAUCUCAGCCUUGUUCGCAGCACAAAUCACAGUGUCCUUCCAUUGGGGCUUUCACGGUCCAGUGUGCGACUUGUUUCAAGUGGAGGGUAAUGCCUUCGAUGCACAAGUACGAAGAGAUAAGGGAACAGAUUCUCGAAAAGCCGUUUUACUGCGAAACGGCUUGCGAGUGGAAGCCAAACGUGACUUGUGAUGUCCCUGAAGAUAUCUCUCAAGAUGGAACCCGUGUCUGGGCUAUCGAUAGGCCUAGUAUCUCUCGCCCGCCCACUGGCUGGCAACGCCAACUCCGGAUUAGAGGUGAAGGCGGUACCAAAUUUGCUGAUGUAUAUUAUGUUACUCCUUCGGGCAAGAAGCUUCGAUCCAAUGUGGAGGUCCAAAAGUACUUGAAUGAGAACCCGGAAUACAUAAGUGAAGGAGUGAAGCUUUCACAGUUUUCGUUCCAAGUCCCGAAACCUCUGCAGGAGAACUAUGUAAGGAAGCGCCCAGCUCGGCCAAUAGAACCAAGUGACACCCCUGCAGCUAUUGAAGCUAAUCCACUCGGAUUCGUAUCCCCAGAUGCUCAGACAGCAUUGCAGCCAACCGAGCCGGGACUUUUCGAUACACCACCCUCGAAGAAGGCAAGAAUAUCGGAGCAAUCUAGCUAGACAAGACUCAGCUAUCCCUCUUUGUUCUUCGAUGUAAAUUGGGAGUAUAUUUUAAUUUUUUGGGUUGGGUACAUUGAAGAAAUUGAAGAGGGACAUGUGGGUUAGCUUGUUUUGUGUGUAUUAUCUAUUUAAACUCCUCUAAUAGGCAGAAGAUUCUUCUUUUGUUACAAAGUUUCUGGAUACUCAUGGAACUUAUUUUAGUUAAUGUUUUUAUUAAACUCAAA